AUGAUCGAAUUCCCAUUUCCAUAUUUGACUACAGGCACUAUUGUUCACGGCUGUGGGCGCGGAAGUAAAGAACUCGGCUGUCCUACAGCAAAUUUAGAUGCAAGUUCUAUUGAAAAUUUACCAUCGGAAAUUGAUGAAGGUGUAUAUUUUGGAUGGGCGCAAUUUUUAACAAACAACAACGAUGAACUUUAUAAACUUGUAGCUAGUGUGGGAACAAAUCCAUUUUAUAAAUGUAAAGUGAAGACGCUGGAAGUCCAUCUGAUGCAUAAUUUUGAAAGUGAUUUUUAUGGUGAAAAAUUAAAAAUUGUUCUUCUCGGUGAAAUUCGUAAGAUGACUUCGUUUAAAGAUGCAAAUGAAUUGGCUAUGGCUAUUCAGAAUGAUAUCGCUAAAGCCCACCAUGAACUUGAUUCUGAUCAAUGCCGUCAAUAUUUAAAUCAUCCAUAUUUUAAAAAUUAA